AUGGUAUGCGAAGGAAAGCGGUCGCCAUCUUGCCCUUGUUUCUUCCUCCUGACAGCCAAGUUCUACUGGAUUCUCACCAUGAUGCAAAGAACUCACAGCCAGGAAUAUGCCCAUUCUAUUCGAGUGGAUGGGGAUGUUAUUUUGGGAGGAUUAUUUCCGGUCCAUGCAAAAGGAGAUAGAGGGGUGCCUUGUGGAGAGUUGAAGAAGGAAAAGGGGAUCCACAGACUCGAGGCCAUGUUAUAUGCAAUAGACCAGAUCAAUAAAGAUCCUGAUCUCCUUGCCAAUAUCACUCUCGGGGUCCGGAUCCUGGACACUUGCUCCCGAGACACUUACGCUUUAGAGCAAUCUUUAACAUUCGUACAAGCAUUAAUAGAGAAAGAUGCUUCAGACGUGAAAUGUGCUAAUGGAGACCCUCCCAUUUUCACUAAGCCCGACAAGAUAUCAGGUGUCAUAGGUGCUGCAGCAAGUUCUGUAUCUAUCAUGGUUGCUAAUAUUUUAAGACUUUUUAAGAUACCUCAAAUCAGCUAUGCAUCGACAGCUCCAGAGCUCAGUGAUAACACCCGGUAUGACUUUUUCUCCCGAGUGGUUCCACCUGACUCCUAUCAAGCCCAAGCCAUGGUCGAUAUUGUGACAGCUCUGGGAUGGAAUUAUGUGUCAACACUGGCUUCUGAGGGGAACUACGGUGAGAGUGGUGUGGAAGCAUUUACUCAGAUCUCCAGGGAAAUUGGUGGUGUUUGCAUUGCUCAGUCACAGAAAAUCCCCCGUGAACCAAGGCCUGGAGAAUUUGAUAAAAUCAUCAAACGUCUGUUGGAAACACCUAAUGCUCGGGCAGUGAUCAUGUUUGCCAAUGAGGAUGAUAUCAGGCGAAUAUUGGAAGCUGCCAAAAAAAUAAAUCAAAGUGGGCAUUUUCUCUGGAUUGGUUCAGAUAGCUGGGGCUCAAAAAUAUCACCUGUCUAUCAACAAGAAGAAAUUGCUGAGGGGGCUGUAACUAUUCUACCCAAAAGAGCUUCAAUUGAUGGGUUUGAUCGAUAUUUUAGAAGCCGCACUCUUGCCAAUAACCGGAGGAAUGUAUGGUUCGCUGAAUUUUGGGAGGAGAAUUUUGGUUGCAAAUUAGGAUCACAUGGAAAAAGGAACAGUCAUAUCAAGAAAUGCACAGGACUAGAGCGAAUUGCCCGAGAUUCCUCCUAUGAACAAGAAGGAAAAGUUCAGUUUGUGAUCGAUGCAGUAUACUCCAUGGCUUAUGCACUUCACAAUAUGCAUAAAGAUCUCUGCCCUGGAUAUAUUGGUCUUUGUCCACGAAUGAGCACAAUUGAUGGAAAAGAGCUCCUUAGUUAUAUUCGGGCUGUAAACUUUAAUGGUAGUGCUGGGACACCAGUCACUUUCAAUGAAAAUGGAGAUGCUCCUGGGCGUUAUGACAUUUUCCAGUAUCAGAUAAACAACAAAAGUACAGAAUAUAAAAUAAUUGGUCACUGGACUAACCAGCUUCACCUAAAUGUAGAAGACAUGCAGUGGGCUAAUAGAGAGCAUACGCAUCCCGCAUCCGUCUGCAGCCUGCCAUGCAAGCCUGGGGAAAGGAAAAAAACGGUAAAAGGAGUCCCUUGCUGCUGGCAUUGUGAGCGGUGUGAAGGCUAUAAUUACCAAGUGGAUGAACUGACCUGUGAACUUUGCCCUUUGGAUCAAAGACCCAAUGUUAACCGUACAGGCUGCCAGCUCAUCCCCAUCAUCAAGUUGGAAUGGCAUUCUCCUUGGGCCGUGGUGCCCGUGUUCAUCGCCAUCCUGGGAAUCAUUGCCACUACCUUUGUAAUCGUGACCUUUGUCCGCUACAACGACACCCCGAUCGUGAGGGCUUCGGGUCGGGAGCUGAGCUAUGUCCUCUUGACCGGCAUCUUCCUCUGUUACUCCAUCACCUUCUUAAUGAUUGCAGCACCAGACACCGUCAUCUGCUCCUUCCGACGGAUCUUUCUGGGGCUAGGCAUGUGUUUCAGCUAUGCAGCCCUGCUGACCAAAACAAACAGAAUUCACCGGAUAUUCGAACAAGGGAAAAAAUCUGUCACCGCUCCAAAAUUUAUCAGCCCAGCGUCCCAGCUGGUGAUCACCUUCAGCCUCAUCUCCUUGCAGCUUUUGGGAGUCUUCGUUUGGUUCGCUGUGGACCCUCCACAUAUUAUCAUUGACUAUGGAGAACAGAGGACACUGGAUCCAGAAAAUGCCAGAGGGGUACUUAAAUGUGAUAUUUCGGACCUUUCGCUCAUUUGUUCUCUUGGAUACAGUAUUCUCUUGAUGGUCACGUGUACUGUUUAUGCCAUCAAAACCAGAGGUGUCCCAGAGACCUUCAACGAAGCCAAACCCAUUGGAUUUACAAUGUACACCACGUGCAUCAUUUGGUUAGCUUUUAUUCCCAUCUUUUUUGGUACAGCGCAGUCAGCAGAGAAGAUGUACAUCCAGACAACAACACUCACCGUCUCCAUGAGUUUAAGUGCUUCCGUGUCUCUGGGCAUGCUGUACAUGCCCAAGGUUUAUAUUAUAAUUUUUCACCCCGAGCAGAACGUUCAGAAACGGAAGCGGAGCUUCAAGGCUGUGGUGACAGCUGCCACCAUGCAAAGUAAACUGAUCCAGAAGGGGAAUGGCCGUCCAAAUGGAGAGGUGAAAAGUGAGCUCUGUGAAAGUCUAGAAACCAACACUUCCUCUACCAAGACAACAUAUGUCAGCUACAGCGAUCAUGCAAUAUGA